CAGAUAUCAGCUUCAUCAGCAACUAAAUCUUCCUUCUAACACACAACAAAACAAUCCUUCUUAGCAGAUUACAACACAGGUUCCUCUCUUGUGUAAAAUGGCCUAUCUCUUCCUAGACAGCCAUGGAACUAUCAAGGCUACCAUUUGCCUCUUCUUCCUAGCCACAACCUUUCUCAUUGCCAACUCUGCGAGAAACCUCAACGAAAUGGACACACAAGAACCACAAGCCAUUGGCAAUCUACCACUCCCAGGAGCAGCCACAACAAUUCCGGUCACAACACCCCAGAUUCCUGUUACCACACCACAGGUAGGCCCUGCCACCACAUUUCCAAGUGGUCAAACACCAGCAGCAGCAGCUGCCAACAUAGACUCAGGUGACGAAGAAGCUGAUGCUGAUUCUUCACCUGUUCCAGAAGCUGAAGCCCCAGAAGCUGUUCCUGUUACUGCCCCAGUUGAUGAUGCCCCAGUACCACCACCAGUGGCAAUUCCACAACAACCAGAAGCUGAAGUCCCUGUCCCUGCUAUCUCUGGUGAAACACCCGCAGAAGCAGUGGGAAAGGAACCGUCCUUAUCCUUCUUCAUGCAUGAUAUCAUUGGAGGGUCACACCCAUCAGCCAGAGUAGUAGCAGGAAUAGUAGCAAACACUGAUGUCACAGGCCUACCAUUUUCCAAGCUCAACAACAACAUCUUCCCAAUCAGUGGAGGAAUCCCACUAGUCAACCCCAAGAUCAAUGGCAUUAUCACCAACAACAACCUGCCAAAUCUUGUAGGCCUCAACGCCGCUCAGUCCUCCACUGUGUUCCAAAACCGCGGCACUAGCAACGUCGUCUCAGGCGGCAACAACCAGCCUUUUGUUUCAGCAGGGAACCUUCCUUCUGGGUUCACACUCCAGAAGCUCAUGUUCGGAACCGUGACAGUGAUAGAUGACCAGAUAACCGAAGGGCACGAGCUGGAUUCUGCUGUGGUUGGGAGAGUGCAAGGGUUCUACUUGGCUAGCUCAUUGGAUGGUACCAGCCAGAGCGUGGUGCUCACAAUCCUGCUGCAUGGUGGAGAGCAUCAUGAUGGGGUGGUGGACGAUAGCAUAAGCCUUUUCGGGGUUCAUAGGACUGCGUCUCCAAAUUCUGAGGUUGCUGUGAUUGGAGGGACAGGGAAGUACGAGAAUGCUAGAGGGUAUGCUGCACUUGAGACCCUUCUGAAGGAGGACCAGCACACCACUGAUGGAGUUGACACCAUACUCCAUUUCAAUGUCUACCUCACACAUUACUAGUUUGCUUUUGCUUCUCAUUGGCUUUCACAUUUACUGUUUGAAAUUAUGUAUGUCUUUGUUGGUUUAAAUUGCCUUUGUCACUCUGAAGGCAGUAUUUUAUAUCGGUGUACCUCAAACGAUUAAAAUGUUUCCAACCUUCUUGCUUCUUCAA